AUGUCCCACCGCCCCCCUCACAACACCGCCCCAGUCUACACACACCCACCCCCGGACCCGACAGACCCAACCUUCGACUUCGCAGCGUACCGGACGGCGACGCUCGACGGGGUGGACCGGUCGAACGCGGCGUGGGCGGCGGCGCGGGCGGGGCGCCACGCGGAGGCCGUGGAGCUGCACCGGCAGGCGCUCGCGCUGAAGCUGCGCUUCCACCCGCCGACCUCCGUCCAGGCCGCCCUCAGCUACAACGGCAUGGGUGAGUCGCUGCUGCGCGCGGGCCGCCUGGCCGACGCCGACGACGCCUUCCGCCGCGCCCUCGCCGUUCGCGAGGGCGCCGGCCCCGUCCUCGACGCCGCCGUCACCCGCGACAACAUCGGCCAGCUGCGCGAGGCCCAGGGCCGCUUCGCCGAGGCCAGGGAGAUGCGCAUCCGUGGUGAUGGGAAGAAUAUGGUGUGCGGACACUACCACUGCCCUCAUCAGAAAACGUUCGUCUUGGCUGAUCUGCAAGCUUGUUCCGCGUGCCGAUCCGUCUUUUACUGCUCUAAGGAUUGCCAGAAGCAGGACUGGACUAAACGCCACAAGCCGCUAUGCAAGGCGCGCCAGAACCAAGCUGCUUCGCAUGAAUCUACCUCGCAGUGAUUGAACACGGGUUGGAGUUCGGGGAAGAGAGACAGCUACCUAUGCGUGAAAAAAAGGGAGGGAAUGGAGGGUUAGCUAGGAUCAUGCCGGAUGUUAUUAUGAGUAUGCCGCCGAUUAAUCUUGCCAUAUGAGUCCUCGUUGCCUUUCACUUAGGUUUUUAUCAACGUAUUCGCGAUGG